AUGCCGCGCUUGGGGCUACCAGAAGAGGUCGAGUUCGAUGUCCACUCUGACGGUCCUGACAUUGACGAUGGCGAAGACCAAGAAGAGGCACGAGAGCUUAUAUCUCCGUUCUUGGCUGAUGAACAUUAUCUCGAGGAGCCCGCGAGUAUCCAAGGCAGCGCAGUCAGCACGGAAGACGCUGCAGAUCAGUUUCAAAGAGGCUGGAGAGUAGACCGUCGCGCCGGCGAUUCCUGGAUGUAUGGUAUGGCACUGUGUUGUUCGAAGAGUGUUACAGAAGCAUUGAUCGAUCUGUUCAUUCCUUUCCCUCCCAACCCUCUUCUAUACCUAGAACUUGAACAAGAACGCGCUGCCACUGACGAGUUCAUCGACGAGACGAACGACGAAGCCUUCGAUGGGACACGUGCUCUAGAUCUCCUCCAGCGCCGAGUUGUCUUGGACUAUGGGAGCAAGAAGACUGGAUCGAAGCCGGCGAGCGAGGACGACGACUAUUACCCCGUAUUUCGACUCGACUUUGUUAGUAUCGUCGGUUUGCCGCGCCGGCCGAUCUGCCGGCCUAGUCACUUCUUUGACAAUAUCACGAUAUCGUUCCGUCAUUGGAGUGCCCCGUAUAGCGCGAAGCACGUGCAGGGCAUAGGUUUCGACCUGAGCGGCCGCACCUUCCGCAUUGCCACCGGUGCUACUCGAGAAGCUUGGUUCAUCGUCAUGCACCCGAGUCAGAGGGCCACUGGCACCAAUAACCCCCGUCGCCGACACGAUACAACAUACACAAGGACUGCCCUCGUACAAGGCCGUGCCCUACUGCUCGCAUCACACAUCAAAGACAUCUUCCUUGAAGGUGAGCUCCUUGGUGAAGGUGUUGAGCCGAGAUGGGCUCUCGGAGGCAAGGAGACGCAGAUGAUAGCCUUUGACAAAUGGGUCACAUUCCAAACACUAUUCAUGGACGGCUGGACAGGAUUCCUCGAAAGAUUCUCUGCUCAGGGCGACACUUUCUGGAUCGAUCAUCAGCUCGCCUUCCACGCGUACGACUAUGGCGCCAACAUCAAUAUAGAAGUCAAUGAACGCAUAGCGAAUCUCGAGGAAGAGACAGUCAUCCGGCCGGCCUAUGUCGAUGAGUCCGAGGACGGCUACGAUCGAGAAGACAGUAGUUUGCCGGCAACACAGCAAGGAUGGGAGGGAAUGGGAGGAGAGGAACGAGAGGAUGGGCCCGACGAGCCAUGGGAUCAACCAACCGUCGAAGUGGAGGCCAACGAUAGCCUAUUCAUGUCAGAGAGGGCGGACGAUGUUGCUUCUCCAAUACCACCCAUACCUAAUCCAGGGCGAAUCGAUGCGGAACAUCGAGAUACUGAUGGCGAGGGCGAUGCCAACAGACCUGAUGGUGAUGAAGAGCAGGAGCGGAGGUUCCUUGAAUGGAUGAAAGAAUCGGAGAACUUUGACAUGGGCCAGCACAACAGGGCUCAACUACAAGACCAGGAACAUCAGUACGAUGGGCAAGACAACUCCCAGCAGCCGCCGUUGAGCCCAGACACUGACGAGAACGACGACGUCUAUCCAAGGCAAGCACCGGACAUCUCGCCAUCCAGUCUACCGCCUUCAGAAUCGAGAUCGGCAACAGAGGACCAGAGAGAACAUGAUGCGUUGUAUAGUCCCGGCCUGAUGCGGUUGCGCGAGGCCCUUGAGGCCAAGUACAACCUCGAUAACAUCAGCCACGUCUCCUAUGCCCUAGCUGUUGAUGUUCACUGUACCGCAUCAAAUACCUCUGCCGGCGUGGAAGGAAGGGUAAGCCGUCCUGUAUGCUUGCUUGCCGACCGCAACCGUGUGGCCGGGGAGUUUUAUGGGAGUAACUACACCUUCUACCCACUCGGCUUCCACCCCGCAUACGGCAACUUCACAUCGGAUCGUCCCCUGCCUUCCUAG